CACUGGUCAUCAGCAUUGUGCUGCAAAAAUAAACAAAUACAACAAAGGCGAUCAGUUUCUGUUGGAAGCUUGCGAAGGAGAAAGAACAGAGUAGAAGAAAAUGGUGGGUGAUCAAGAUCGGGGUAGCUCUUGACUUCUCCAAGGGAAGCAUUAGGGCACUUCAAUGGGGGAUCGACAACCUUCUCGACAGAGGAGACACUCUUUUCAUCAUCCAUGUCCGAUCAAACAAGUCCGACGAGUCACACAACAGCCCUGGCCAACAUUCCGGAUCACCACUGAUACCACUAUCAGAGUUUCGGGAACCUGAGAUUAUGAAGAAAUAUGAUGUGCAUUGCAACAUUGAAGUGCUUGAUUUGCUCGACACUGCUUCAAGACAGAAGGAGGCCAACAUCGUGGUGAAGAUUUAUUGGGGAGACGCGAGGGAGAAGCUAUGUGAUGCUGUUGAGGAUCUGAAGCUGGACUCGCUUAUCAUGGGAAGCAGGGGCCAUGGACUGCUUCGGAGGAUUUUUCUUGGCAGCGUGUCAAACUAUGUUUUGUCAGUUGCAUCAUGCCCAGUGACAAUUGUUAAAGAUCCAGACUUUCAACAUUAACUCUUCUGCUUCUAUGUGCUCUGCGACGAGAAGUCUUUUGAGUGAACUGUUUCUUCUUCUGUUUGGACUUCUGUAAUAAGAAGAAAUAGACGCGAACAGGAUUGAUGCUUUAUUGCUUACUCUCAGUGAGAUAUGUGAGACUCUCUUUGCUUUCAGUUGUUUCUAUACUUGUCAUGAAUAACACUGCUGCUAUCAUAUAAAGAUUUCUUGACAGUAUUUACAGAA